AUGAUUCCUAUAUUCCUUUCCUACCAAAAUCGAGAAAAAUGGCAUUAUUCGCGUCCUUCAGCCUUUGGUAGGUUGGUUUUCCUGCGCAUUGAUCCUCAGCACUGUAAGAGUGUACAGCAGGCUGUGAAAACUUCUGUUGCAAACAAAAUUGUUCAGAUUGGCAUCGCUACUAUCAUCGUCCUCGAGUACUCCGCCUUCCUCGCGAACAGCUCGAAGGGAUGGGAGUACAUCAAGUCGGCCGUGGACUACUAUCUGAAAUCUCCGACAGCUGUCGCAGUGGAGAAAGGAGCGGAAGAGAUUUCUCGUCAAAACUACAACAAAGAAGAACUGGAGAAGAAGGUUUUCGAGUUCAUCCUUGAAAAUCGCUUGUCAAAGGACUUGACAGAAAAGAAGUAG